AGCACUUGUUUGGCUGGCAAGCUGGAACAUGCACAGCCCAGAGCGAUGUAACACCAGGAGAUGGCAGAGCCGCCGGAGCCAGGGGACUCUCUGGGGGAGGGAGCGUUGGGGGCUGCUGCGGUGACUGGUCCCUGCUUGGCUGGCAAUAGGCUUAACGUAGAUGUCUACCCGGAUGGCUGUCAGCAGUUCGUCAAGCUGCUGGAACUGAGAAAGGAAGAAGUGGCACAGGUGGAAUUUUUGCGGCUGAAUUGCAAUGAGGACCUGAUCACGUCCACGCUGGGCCACAUCCCUCUCCUGAAGGCUCUGAAAUCCCUGGUGCUCAAAGGUGGCCAUGCCAGGGAUGCAGUUGGCGCUUGCCAGAGAGGACUGCUGACCUCCUUACCUCAAGGACUUGGGCACCUCCGCAGCCUUGUCCACCUAGAUCUCAGUUUCAAUCGCUUCAGUCUUCUGCCUCCCUGCAUCAUAGAGUUGGCUAGCCUCACAAGUCUCUUGGUGUGCCACAACAGCUUACAGGGCCUGCCUGAGGACUUUGGUCGGCUCACCAAGCUGACUUUCUUCUCUGCCAUGAAAAAUCAGAUCAGCGGUCUGCCACAGAGCAUAGGGGAGCUGGCGGCACUGCAGACACUGGACCUCUCUGAGAAUUCACUGGACGCACUCCCUGAAGAGAUUGGGAACCUGCAGAGUUGCACAGAGCUGGAUCUGUCAGGAAAUCGGUUAACAGGAAUCCCCAGCUCUCUUGGCAAUUUGCAGUUUCUGCAACGGCUACAUCUUCACAGCAAUCUUCUGGUGACAGUCCCCGCAUCCCUUGCCCACCUUCCUGACUUGUCCAGGCUUGAUCUGCAGAACAACAGACUGCGCGUCAUCCCUCCAGAGAUCGAGAGCUCUCCAUUUGUGCAUCUCCGCGGCAAUCCUCUAGGAGAACCCGAAGUGCCUCUCCAGCCAGAUGACUCCAGCUCAGAAGAAUUACGAACACUGUUUCUUGCCGCUGGUGAGGAUAGGUUUACCGUGACUCCAGAAGGAUGUCAAGUUUUCCUGACUUGCGGUGUCCAGUUUUGCUUCCCCCGGGGGGCGGUCGCUUCUUCAGUAACCAUUUGCUUCCAAAAAUGCUCCCCUGACCCCCAGUGGGUGACACUGAAACAUCAUGACAUCCUACUAAGCCAAGUCCUGGAGUUGCGGCCACAUGGGAUUGAAUUCCAGGAGGAGGUGCAGAUCUGGAUGCCUUAUGCCUUCACUCAGAGCCUUCAUGAGCGUGAGGUCGUCAUCCGAACCUUCAGUGGGCAGAAGUGGAGUGAUCUAAGGUCCAAAGUGGAAUGGAAAGGGAAGAUGCGUCUGGUCUGCUGCAGCGUCCCUCAUUUCUCCUGGUUCUUGGUUGUAUCGCGACUCGUGGUGAAUGAAUGCAGUGUCCCUAAGGAGGGGACAUUGCUUUUUUCAACCGUGGACCCUAACAUCAAAGUGACCUUUCCUCACGGUGUGACUGAGGAGCCUCGGAGAGUGAUGCUUCAG